AUGGCCCAAAUUUGUACCCCAGAGUAUGGAUACGAAGCGUACAGUUACAUUAUUAAUAACCAGUCGGAUCUGGAUGAGAUUUCAGCGAAGUGUACGAUUGUCAACGGGAGCAUCGCGAUGUCAUAUAAUUACACUGGCGCCUUCCAUCUGCCCAACAUACGAAACAUAACAGGUAGCUUCAAGUGGUUUCAAUACCCCGAAUAUAUCGGCGUUUACCCGGAACCGACGUCUAUUAGUCUACCCGAUCUCGAGUUCCUAGGUCACAGUCUGUAUUUUAACAGCCUUCCGGCUUUGAAGAGUUUUACUGCACCGAAGCUGAAAACCGUGGGUUGGAAUGCGGACAUUGAUUAUGCUGAAGAGGUGGAUUUACGAUCAUUGGCUGAAUCGGAGUAUUUAAGUGUCAGGGGGAAUGUUUCCAGCUUACGCCUCGACUCCUUGCGACAAGUUCGUCAACUGAUAUUAAUAUGUAACAAGGAAAAGUGCAGCCCAGAGGCAUCGCCCCACGACUCUUUGGAUGUUUCCCUACCUGCACUUCAUGAUGUCGGCCAUCUCCACUUGGAGGGGAGAUUUUCGAGUUUGGACACACCAAUGCUCAACAAUAUCACUGGGGCUGGACCAGGUUAUUACGGCAUCAAACUCCUCACAGUGGGAGGACCGCCGAUUAACGUCUCUUUCCCUGAGUUAAAACACAUCAAAGAAGACGCGGACAUGUCCCUGGAGGGUAAUAUUGCAAGUUUAUCGAUGCCCGGCACACGUAAUCUCAACGUUCUGCUGAACGUGAACGCCUACGACCGGCUUGACAUUAACCUGCCUUUCGAGGAGGCAGGGACGAUUGUAUUGAGGGGCAAUAUCUCGAGUGUCCAACUCCCUAACCUAAAGUCUGUCGACGAGCUCCUAGUAAACACGGAUGCCUCGCUCGACUGCAAAUCCUUGAAGGAGACAAUCAUGACAGCGACAAAUAGGUCGGACUAUCAAUUGACUUGUACCGUAAGGAAUUCGGCCUCGCAUCUUGGCCUCAACCUUGGUGUUAAAGUCGCGUUUGGCAGCGUGGAGAACCCUUACCAUGAGCUUGGGGGCUCGGCAACCGACUACAUGGCCCUGGACUCGUGA